UUUAACCAGAAAGAAAAGGCAGAUAUAUCAAUUGAACCUAUUGAUCGGGGCUGUGGUUACCAAAACCCAAACGGAGUUGGCUUUAAGAUUACGGGAGCAAUCGAUCAAGAAGCAGAAUUUGGAGAAUUUCCAUGGAUGGUUGCAAUUUUAAGAGAAGAAUCGCAACUCAACUUAUAUGAAUGUGGAGGAGCUUUGAUAGCCCCAGAUGUUAUACUGACAGCUGCCCAUUGUGUUCAUAAUAAGGAUGCAAAAUCUCUUAUUGUUCGGGCUGGUGAAUGGGAUACGCAGACGAAAGUAGAAAUAAUUCCACAUGAGGAUCGUUAUGUUAAGGAGAUAAUAUAUCACGAACAGUUUAAUAAGGGGUCUCUUUAUAAUGAUGUUGCGCUACUUUUCCUGGAAAGUCCAUUUAACUUGCAAAUGAAUAUUCAACCUAUUUGCCUGCCGAAUAUAGGGGAGGAUUUCGAGCUAGAUCGCUGUUACGCAACUGGUUGGGGAAAAAAUAAAUUUGGAAAGGAAGGCGAAUACCAAGUUAUUUUAAAAAAAAUAGAUUUACCCGUCGUUUCAAACGCAAAAUGCCAAGCUAAUUUACGCGAAACACGACUUGGAAGGCAUUUUAUAUUGCAUGAUAGCUUUAUGUGUGCCGGGGGAGAAAAGGAUAGGGACACUUGCAAGGGCGAUGGUGGCUCACCAUUAGUGUGUCCAAUUAAAAAUCAACCUAACCGUUUCAAAUCCGCUGGCAUAGUUGCCUGGGGUAUAGGUUGUGGCGAAGAGAAUAUACCUGGUGUAUACGCGAAGGUUUCUUAUUUAAGACCAUGGAUAGACCAAAAGCUUGCUUUGCGACAGGUUGAUUCCAAAUAUUUUACGCCUUAAUCGAUCAUUUUAGAUAUUUGAAAAUUGUAUGAAUUUUGUUUAU